GGUAUGAAAAGGGGCGGAGACGCCAUGCUACCUUAGCUCCAAGCUGAAGCUAGUCAGAAACUAGCUGCGCUAUCCAUCUACCAGCUAAGGGAAAGAAAAAACACACAAUCAAACGCCGACGUUAUUGGCGCAUAAUAAAAGCCUCAAGCGUGUCGUUGUCGUCCUUUUUCCAGUGGAGCUCUCGAGAAAGCGAAUUGCGAGUCAGCGGACCCUGCUGGUCUCCAGGUCUACUUGAUGAGUAUGAGCGUGACAACAGAAACCCCGAACGAUGGGCCCAGUGUUACAGAAGAGAGCAAGCUGCCCGCCGCCGAGAAGAAGGACAAGAAGGCGGAUGAUGUAGCUGAGGAAGAGGAGGAGGAGGAGGAGUACGUGGUGGAAAAAGUCCUGAAUCGGCGGGUGGUCAAAGGGAGGGUGGAAUACCUCCUCAAGUGGAAGGGAUUCUCGGAAGAAGACAACACAUGGGAGCCGGAGGACAACCUGGACUGUCCCGACCUCAUCGCCGAGUUCCUCCAGUCUCAGAAGUCGGCCCACGAGGGCAAGCGGAAGGCGGCCAGCGACGGCGACGGAGAGGAAAGCAAAUCCAAGAGGAAGAAAGAUGACACUGAGAAGCUGAGGGGCUUCGCCAGGGGUUUGGAACCGGAGCGAAUCAUCGGAGCCACCGAUUCGACGGGGGAGCUCAUGUUCCUCAUGAAGUGGAAAAACUCUGACGAAGCAGACUUGGUUCCAGCCAAGGAGGCCAACGUCAAGUGUCCGCAGGUGGUCAUCUCGUUCUACGAGGAGCGACUCACCUGGCACUCAUACCCAAGUGAAGAUGAGAAAAAAGAUGAGAAAAACUAAAAAAAAAAAAAAAAAAGAGGGGGGGUAGUUUUGAACUUGGUUAUAGUUUGGUUUCUGGGGGAGGGGUGGGGUUAAACACUUCAGUUAGUCUGACGUUGGUCGUGCUUUUAAGUGUUUAGAACGUCGUCAUCCUGCUUGAGACAGUGUCCACGCAGUGUUAAAACAUUUCACAUCCUUUUACCGUCAAAAGCCCGUGUGCCAUGUUUAUUGUUUGUUUUUUUUUUGUUUGUUUUUUUAUCUACAUCUUAGCUGUCGUGUUCUUAAAAUCUGUUUGCCGUGAUGACACUGUGCUUGCCGAUGGUUGUCGCUUUUCCCAUGUCUUGCUGUCAUUUUUGGACAAUAAAGUCACUUUUUGUUA